AUGGCGGAGGCGGGGGUGGCGGCGACGGUGGUGAUGCAGCCUGCCUACAAUCCAGGUGGCAUGUAUGAUAAAUCCAACAUCGCACCCCAUCGCAUCGCGCAAACAUGGCAUCAAAAUGGCAAGUGCCCUGAAAACACUAUACCAAUCCGAAGGACAAAAUAUGAGGAUCUCUUAAGGGCCAGUUCCACCAGGAGGUAUGGCAAGAAGAGGCCCGAGAGCAUCGCAAACCUCAAUUCAGUCAAUGAACCAGUGACACCCAAUAUAUCAACCGGCCACCAGCAUGCCAUAGCAUAUGCACAGGUUGAUAACUACCAUGGAACCAAAGCCACCUUCAAUUUGUGGAAACCAACAAUUGGGAGGGACAAUGACUUUAGCUUGACACAACUAUGGAUCACUGGAGGUUCCUAUCGUGGCAACGACCUAAAUACCAUAGAAGCAGGAUGGCAGGUAUACCCAGAUCUAUAUAAGGAUAGAAAUACUAGACUCUUUGUCUACUGGACUCGAGAUGCGUAUCAUCAAACAACAGGAUGCUAUAACCUACAAUGCCCAGGGUUUAUCCAGACAAACAAUCAGAUUGCCCUUGGUGGAAGCAUAUCCCCAACCUCCACCUAUGGAGGCGCACAAUAUGACAUUGAUAUUUUAGUUUGGAAGGACAAGGUAGGGGGAAAUUGGUGGCUACAAGUGGGAGGCUAUUACGUGGGUUAUUGGCCAUCGUUCAUCUUCUCCUACUUGCAAAAUAGUGCCUCCUCUGUCCAGUGGGGCGGCGAGGUAUAUUCACCUGAUGUCGGCCAAACUUCUACACAUAUGGGCAGUGGACACUUCCCAAAUGAAGGGUUUCGCCAGGCCAGUUACAUUAGGAACAUCCAAGUGGUAGAUACCUCCAACUCUCUCAUACCGCCUAGUGAUGUGGGCUUAAUAGCUCGGCACAACAACAGCUAUAACGUGCAAAGUGGUAUCUAUGGAAGCGACUGGGGUAUUUACAUAUACUAUGGCGGCCCUGGGAAAAACAUAAAUAGCCCAUGA